AUGAAUGCUAGCACGAGGCGCAGGACGCCCGAAGGUUAUGUACAACAAAUAAUGGAGUGGAAAGUCGUAAAGGCCGUGAUCAUGGUCCAGCAACAAAGAGCACAGCAGGUCCUAGAGCUGGAGCUGAGGUACCUGAACGGGCAAGAACAAGUGCAGAAGAACAUUGGAUUGGAUUGGCCGGGUGUCGGGACCUGGGGCAUUGACAUCGGACGGGAAGACGUCGUCAGCUCCCUCCUGGGCAAAGACUGGAACCUUCCUCUGCUUCACUGUCGGUGCAAACGUGCGACUCCCCCGACUCGACCUACCUCCAGUUCCGCCCACAACUCCAUCACCAUGUCUGAUCUCGCGAGUCGCAUCACCAAGCCUCCGGCCGACGCUCCUGCCGACGCUCCUGCUGCUGCUGCUGCUCCGGCCGAUGCCCCCGCCGAUGCGCCUGCCGCUGCUCCGGCCGACGGUGCUGCCGACGCUACUACUGCGGCCCCUGCUGAGGGCAAGGUUGCGGAAGCCCAGCUCGAUGGCACCGUCGAGCCUCUCGGUGGCUCUGGUCUCGUCGAGAACACCUACGAUGUCGACGUUAAGCUGGGUGACCUCCAGUCUGACCAGAACAGCACCCUGUAUUCCGCUCAAACCUUCGCUGACAUGAAGCUCCACGACUCGAUCCUCCGCGGUCUUCUUUCUCUCAACUACCAGAAGCCUUCAAAGAUUCAGGAGAAGGCCCUUCCUCUCAUGCUCUCGAACCCUCCCCGCAACAUGAUCGCCCAGUCGCAAUCCGGUACCGGAAAGACCGCCGCCUUCGUCGUUACCACAUUGUCGCGAGUCGACUACACCCAGCCGGAGCAGCCUCAGGCGCUGAUCCUCGCACCGAGUCGUGAACUUGCCCGUCAGAUCGAGGGAGUCGUCGGCAGCAUUGGCCAGUUCUGCGAGGGAUUGAAGAUUGCUGCCGCUCUUCCCGGUGCUCUGGAGCGCAACGCUGCUGUUCGCGCCAAUGUCAUCGUUGGAACACCCGGCACUGUAAUGGACAUCAUCCGCAGACGUCAGCUGGAUGUGUCACACCUCAAACUUUUGGUCAUUGACGAGGCCGACAACAUGCUUGACCAGCAAGGUCUUGGCGAGCAGUGCCUCCGCGUCAAGAACAUGCUUCCCCGCGAUAUUCAGAUCCUCCUGUUCUCCGCCACCUUCCCCGACAAGGUUAUGGGCUUUGCCGAGAAGUUUGCGCCCAAGGCUGAUCAGAUUCGUCUGAAGCACACCGAGCUCACAGUCAAGGGUAUCUCUCAGAUGUACAUCGACUGCCCUACCGAGCAGGACAAAUACGAGGUUCUCGUCAAGCUGUAUGGUCUCAUGACCAUCGGCUCCUCUGUUAUCUUCGUCAGAACCCGUGAGAGCGCCGAUGAGAUCAAGCGCAGAAUGGAGGCAGAUGGCCACCGUGUUUCCGCCCUCCACGGUGCCAAGGAUGGACCCGAGCGUGAUCGCCUCUUGGAGGAGUUCAGAUCCGGCCAGUCCAAGGUUCUUCUCACCACGAACGUCCUGGCUCGCGGUAUCGAUGUGUCGAGUGUGUCGAUGGUCAUCAACUACGAUAUCCCCAUGAAGGGACGUGGCGACUCCGAGCCAGACCCCGAGACCUACCUGCACCGUAUCGGCCGUACCGGACGUUUCGGACGCAUCGGUGUCAGUAUCAGUUUCGUCUACGACAAGAAGAGCUUCUAUGCUCUGAAGCACAUCGCCGACCUGUACGAGAUUGAUCUUGUGCAACUUGAUGCCAACGACUGGGAUCAGACCGAAGAGGAGGUUCAGAGGGUCAUCAAGUCCAACAGAGCCAAGGCAGCGUUCGCACCGAGCGCCACCGAUGCCAAGAAGUAUCUGUUGUCUUUGGACCGUAUGAAGGAUGGGACCUUCACCGAGAUGUCCUUCCGUAUUAUGGCCUUCAAGCCUCUGCUUUUCUGGACACUCUUAUUCACAUUGUUAUGUGUGGUCACCGCCGAAACGUCCUUCAACCUGUCCAGCGAGAUCACUAGAUUCGUGCCGUCUUGCGCCCGCCAAUGCUUUCGCUCUCACCUGAGUGCCAACUAUGCCCUCACCACUUGCGGUAGCGCGCCGACCUUGCAAUGCCUUUGUGCGAAUGCUGGGUUGUCGGGCCUUACGAUUGGAGAGGGUGCUGUUCAAUGCCUCAUUGCAGAGAAGACGAUCGGCUCGUGCCGCGAGAGCGACGUGCCUCAAACCGUCAUCGAUGCGGCCUACCUGAUGUGCUCGAAUCAGCCAGAAGCCGUUGUUCCGACACAUACUGCCAUCAUUGCGACAUUAAUUCUGCCAUCAUCUGGCGCCGGCAUCAUUAUUGUCCCUCCACCAACUACCUCGCCGGUGGUCUAUCCUACAUCAACGAGGAGGCACCUGACGACGACGCGGUCUACCCCGACAACACUGAUUACAGCGACGGAGACGACCCCGAGCCCCUCCUUCUCUACCCUCACCAGAUCGAACACUACCUCCAUCUCAACGUCGAGCAGCACCAGCACGAGAACAACAUCUCCGCCUCCGCCUCCGCCUCCACCGCCAGCGACCACAACAACCCAAUCUGCGUCGGCCACCGCGGCCCCAGGUGCUGAAGAGGCCAACUCGGGAUCUUCAGAGCGGUUCGGUACAGCUCAGGUGGCAGGUCUUGCUGUUGGUCUCGCCGCAGCACUGGGGAUCGCCAUCCUCGCCAUCUGCCUUGCCCGCCGUAGACGUCGAAGAAACUAUCCGGAUGAGAAGACGGGUUUCUUCCCAGUGCGCGAGAAGGACUCGUGGGAAUUCCAUCCUCAGGAAGGCCCAGCCAACAUCUUCCAUAUCUCUCCGCCUAUGCACCAUGCCGAAUCUCCUCCACCACCAGCCCAGCCAGCUCCCGUGGCUCGCAAUCGCAAUAGCGCCCGCACCAGUUGGUGGCCAGGAGCCAUCGGUCUUGCCAUCUCCCGACCACAGAGUAUGGGAACGCCAAAGCAGCCUUAUCAGCCGCAACAGCAACAGAACCGGCCGAUAUCCCGUCUGCUCCCGGCUAAGCCGUCCAUGUCUUCUCCCAAGCCAGUCCUCUCCAUCAAAAUUCCGAAGAUCGAUCUCUACUCGUCCUCUCCACCCCAACCGAAGGAGCAGAGCAAUACUCAGCAGACAAACUCCCAGAUCUUGAAUGAGAGGACAGCCAAGCUGACGGCCCCGCCUCGUACGCACUACAACCUUCCCAGGGAGAGCACAAUGACCGAAUUCGAAGAAGAUGGCGCCCUCACCUCGGCCGCCGCCAGCUCGGCACGCUCUCAGCGCUCCAAUAACAUUUGGAGACCGCCCUCUGCGGCGACUGGCAAGACGCCCCAGUCUGCUACUACAUACUACGUCGCGGAUAAGAAUGGAAACUGGGUGUUGGGUGAUCCCAAGAGCGCCACCCACAUGGCUCAACUUGCUGAGCUCGACGCCUCGGGCGCAAGCUCCGGCGGAGGGGCGCAGGCGAAGCCUUCGUACGCCGAGUCUGCCAUGCUCGCAGCCACUGCCACGAAGGCAGGAAUCGGUCACGGAGCCGGGAGUCCCAGGGCCCCGACAGCACCGCGAAUGCCGAUGCCUCCCGCGCCGGUGCUCCUCCCCCCUGCGGAGAUCGUCCCCGCAAACCUCUCUGCGCCGUAUCAGAGUCGUUCUUCGAGCGUUUAUUCUCAGAACACUACUCGCCCCAACACCGCAUACCAAUCAGGUGUUCCCUUGCCGAACAGCGCUGCCCAUCCCGUGCCGAGCAUGUCCUUCUCCCACCCCGAGCCACCUCGCCGACGAAGCAACUCCAUCGGCCGCCGCAGCUCCUCGAAGUCCAAGCAACCACCCGCCGUCCCGGCGCCGACGACCUCGACCGGUCCACCGCCCGUCAAGGCCCCCGAGCGCUCCGACAGCCAUGACUCCCACGUCUCGCAAGCCUCAGUGACAACAAUCGCCUCAUCCGUGGCCACCGAUCCGGAACCGAUCCUGGAGCAGAGCAACUUGUCUCCGGUCGUCGAGUCCCCGGCCUCUAAACUCUCCAACGCCUCCCCCACCGGCCGCUCACCCGUCUCAUACCCGGUAAUCCCAGGCCGCACGUCGUCGAAGCCGAGCAACAAUCUCCGUCUUCUGGCCCCUCCGACACGACAAUUCGCCGCCCUCCCGCCUGGCCAACCAAGCCCCACGCUCGGCAUGAUGCAGCAGCAGCAGCAGCAGCAGCAGCAACAACCUCGAGGGCCGUACAUGGCAAGCUACGACGUCCCCCGCAAGCCCAUCGCGCGACCUCGUCCCACCGACCCAAACAGGAUCGCAACCGGUUCCCCCUCCCUCCGCCUCGUCACCCCUUCUCCCCCAUCCGACGCAGAACGGGAGCAAUCCGCCACGAGACCUCCGCAGAUGAAGCCCCUCUACCCUCCCCCCUUACAACCCCAACGCCCUCGGCUCGAGCGCGGCGACGCCCACCCGCAGGCCCAGACGGCACACGUGCAACAUAUGCCUCCGAACGUAGAACCGCAAUCGGCGUCGGUACACAAGGCUCUCUGGGGAGACGCGCCUCGUCCGCUGCCGGUCCCUUCUCAGCCGCAGCCUCCACCCCGCAACGAGCGCCGGCGAUCCCAACAACAACAGCAGCAGCAACAACGCCAGUCAAUCAAUCAACGCCAAUCCCUCCAAAGACAACAACUCCCCCAACAAUCCCCGCCCCCAAAACAACCCCUCCCCUCCCGUCCCCCCUCCGCCUCGCCCUCACCGCACCACAUCGCAACCCAAACCCAACCCCAACCCCAGACCCUCGCCGCGCCGCCCCUACGCCCCGCCUCGGAAGCGGCCUCGGUCUCGACCACGUCCUCCCUGCUCUCCAAGCGCCUCGGCUCCGAACGCGCCGCCGCCCUGGCCCCGCUCAACGGCGGCGUCCGGCACAGCCCCAACUGGAGACCCUACCGCCCCGGGGCCGGCGGCGAGGUGCUCUUCUCCCCGGACGAGUUCUUCCCCGCGCCGCCGGUUCCCGGAGGAGGCGGCGGCAGCGGCUGGGAUCGAGGCGGUGGCGGGCUGCCCGCCACGCCUACGUGGCAGCCCAAGCUGACGCCUACGAGACGCGGUGAUGAUCUAUUCUUGAAUGUUCAGUGA